CAAACCUUGACUUCUUUGCCAACGCGUUUUUUCCUCCUCUCUUCCUUCUCUCUUCAAUGCCACUUCUAAGCAUCCAUUAUUUAAACAAACGCUGGAAGGCCCCAACAGAAGAGGAAGGAGAGGUUGAGAUAACUGAAGCAAAAGGAAAAGGAAAAGAAAAGGCAAAAGUAACGUGUAUGAGAGGUUGUGGUGCUGUUGAGAAUGGAGAAAUUGAACAACCAAGCGGAAAUUAACUAUGCUUCCUUUUCCCGGUGGGCCGGAGUCUGAAAAGAAAUGACUCUCAUUGACUGUGAAAGACUUGGAGGCAGGAAGAGAGAAGGAACCAGCUGAUGGUGUCACUUCCACACCUGGCUCAUUUCCGGACGCGUUUUUUGCUUCUUCUUUGUUCUUAAAAGCGCCAUCUAUUACUUCUGGGCAUCGUUAAUGAAUUUAGUUUGCUCCAACUUUUUGUGCGUUCUGAUAUGAGGAAUAAACAACAAAUGAAAGUAGAGAUAACAACAGUGAAAGAUACUCAGAAAAAUAACAAUAUUACCACACUGCCUGUUUGAUCUCUUCCAUCUCACUCUUCUCGAUUAAAAAAAGAGAAAAAAUCAAGAAGAAUUCUCUUUUUUUUUUUUUUUUAAAUAGGGUUUUCUUCAAAUUUCUGAAAAAAAUGGAAAAAAUCAGAAGAGCAUCCCAUGCUGGUUCUUGGUACACCGACGACCCUAAAAAACUAGAAGAAGAGCUUGAGGGAUGGCUAAGUGAUACUGGAUUAACGAAAUCUCCUGAUGUGCGCGGUGUUAUUGCUCCGCAUGCAGGUUAUUCAUAUUCAGGUCGUGCUGCUGCUUACGCUUUUGGAAAUAUUGAUCCCACUAACAUUACUCGGGUAUUUCUUCUCGGUCCAUCACACCAUUAUUAUACGCCAAAAUGUGCUCUUUCAACGGCUGCAGUUUACAAAACGCCGAUAGGGGACUUGCCUAUUGAUUUGGAAGUUAUAGAGGAACUUAAAGCCACGGGAAAAUUUGAGUUGAUGGAUCUUCAGGUUGAUGAGCACGAACAUAGCAUGGAAAUGCACUUGCCAUAUCUUGCUAAGAUAUUUGAAGGGCACCCGGUGAAAGUUGUGCCCAUUUUGGUCGGUGCUGUUAGUGCUGACAAUGAGGCCAUGUAUGGGUGCUUGUUGGCAAAAUAUGUUGAUGAUCCAACUAACUUCUUUUCUGUCUCUUCAGAUUUUUGUCACUGGGGUUCUCGGUUCCAUUACACGCGCUAUGACAAGAAAUGUGGCCCCAUACACAAGUCUAUUGAGGCAUUGGACAAGAUGGGCAUGGACAUAAUUGAAACAGGGAAUGCAGAUGCGCUUAAACAAUAUCUGUCGGAGUAUGGCAACACUAUCUGUGGAAGACAUCCUAUUAGUGUUUUCUUGCAUAUGUUGAGAAAUUGCUCGACAAAGAUAAAGAUCAAGUUCCUCCGGUACGAGCCGUCUAGCCAAUGCAAAACAAUGAGAGACAGCAGUGUCAGCUAUGCAUCUGCAGCAGCGAAGGUCGAUGCUUGAAGCUGGGAUAUUGAGCAUUCAAAAUUUACUUGUGUGGAAGCAAUUAACAAUUUAAACUAAUUUGAAUUAAAUGUUUUGUGCAACUUAAUUUGAACACGCAUUUGCAAGGAUCCAUCUUGCUAUGCAUUCCUUGUUUAUAGACUGAAGAUAACAACGAAGCCUAAUUCCCUUUUCCUUGUUUA